AAUAGAAAGAAUCUUAGUCGUAAUUUGUACAAACACGUCACGAAAGGGCAAGGUUAGAAUGUCUUUCCAUGAAGUUCAAGCCAAUUUAAGAGCACAGACUCCAAAGAGACGAGGUAUCCUGGUAUAUCAAUUUCCUCUGGGAUUGGUCUUAUACUGAAGAGGUUCUCCACUUUGUUGAAUACCAAGCUCUUCAAGGCCUUAACUUUAUUCUUGGAGAGAAGAAUUGGGGCUUUGGAUAAUUUCUGAGAUAAAAUAAAGAAAACUUCUUACAAUGUUAUAAUUUSACUGUACUAAUUAAAUAUAAUAUCUGAAUUCAGUAAUACUGUACAGUACAACUGUCUUACCCCUCCUUUUCCAAUCUGUGUCCUAUUUAGCAAUGUUUGCCAUCCUUCAUCGGAAAUGGGAAUUUCUAAUUUCAUAAGAAGUAACUGCCAGUCUGGCACUGUCAUCGAGGCAACCCUCUUGCUGAGUAGCUCACUCGGAAUUAAAUCGUCAAAUGUUUUCUCGAGACCUAACUCCUUUUCCACUUUGGUAAAUACGUCUUGGAUAAUUUCUUGGCCUUUGUCUCGCAACUCGCCACGCUCGAACAGACAUGAUCGAGCGAUCACGCUCGCCAGUUCUUCAUUAUGAUCUUUACAUAUACUAUGUAUUUUCUCUAAAAUCAUGUUGCACUUUUUGCGAAGUAUCCUUACUUUGUAUAUUUUCCCGUAGUUUCGACUUUCGAUGUCCUCAAUUGAACUCGAGCUCGAUGAAGAAUCGUCGUUGGAUAGCGCGCCAAAAAUUGGCGGGCUUUUCCUUUUACGGUUAACAGAAGACUGUUCAUCGUCUCUUUUGCUAGAUACUGGUGUACUAGUAGAGAUGGGCGGUCUGGUAAUACUUAAGUCGUCUAAACUUGGGUCAGAACUCUCUGUUGUGAUAUCGAGUUGGUUUAUCUUAUCUUUCAGUGCCUCAAACUGACAAGUUUUGGCAAAUUUCGAAUCAUCUAGAUGUCUCUUUCUAAUAUUACCAGCUAAAAUAGCAAAAGUGGUGCCAAGAAGCAAAUCAGUUGAUUGAAUUCUGGAUCCUGCUUCGACGAGCUUCGCGGAGAUAUUAUUGCCAUGUUCGUCUUGUAGCUCUGAUAUCGGGCGGGAAGUUAUCUCUUCGUUGAAACGGCCGAAAAAAUCACUGCUAGAAAACUUCUUUGGCGUUAUGCCGCAUAUAUCACUAUUCAGAACAUACCACUUCUUCCGUGGGUCCAAGUUUUGGGAAAAUACCCGAAAAAUCAUGUUUGGGUUGACGGCUCCACCAUAACUCUGACCUACAUCUUCGAAGAGCGCGCAUAAAAUGUAGAUCAUUUUCGAAUUUGGCGCUUUGAAUAUCAAAACAUACAAAUAAGGAAUAAUCCAAUUGAUAAUGAAACCACCAAAACUCAAGCCAGUCUUGUACCGAUUUGCACACGUUUGCAACACCUCCGCUAAAAGUAUCAUCUUGGGUAGUAAACUGUCAAAAAUCAAGAUUUCUGAUUGGUUCGCAGGAAAUUCCACAACAUUUCUGUAAUGAUUUCCUGACACACGUCAAAACUGACCAAACCAUUGCAACUGGCUCUGAGUGAACUCUUGWUUUGUUUAAUUAGCGUAUAACUUCUAUAUACUUGGUAUAUCCAAUCUAAAACAUGCCUAAAAGAGGRAAAAAAAGGUGGAAGGACCCUGCCUACACUUGCAGGGAUUGUGACGAGUACUACAAAUCUUUUCCCGAAGACGAACGCGAACAGAGGAUUCAAAGAUCUUGCAGACAUAGGUGGGAGCACAGGCCGCCACCGAGAACUCCUCCUGGUUUCUGGGAGAUUGAUUUCCCCACAUCACCGGAGAUCGCGGCAUCGGGUGCUUUGAGGAUUGACAGUGAAGCCGAACAAAGGGAUCGGCAACGAAAAAGGAUGAAUAAUCCUUAUGCCCGAUCCAAAACUAUGAGACGGCGUCGUCUCUACGAGGCGCGGACACAACAGGAGAAGCCAGAACAGGACAAGAAGGAGAAAUCUGAAGAUGAAGAAGAGGGGUCGGGGGAACAACAACAACAACAGAAAUAA